AUGAAAUUUGCACAUCUCGACCUCUACUAUGCAAAUUUACCUCGACUGUCGACCCUCAACCAUGAAAUCAUCUAUCGACAUUCGGGGCGGGUGAAGCACAUCAUGUUUGAGCUCGAUGACCCUCCCCCUCGCCUUUCUGGAACAGCGGAGUCCAAACCAAGCAGAAUAAAAGCCCAUCAAAUAUUCCAGGAGCGCCGAUCCUCUCAGGUCUAUGAUAUUCUCCAAUCUUGCACGAGUUUGACUAGACUUACGCUGGAUAUCGAACCUCAACCUAUCUCAAUAGAUGAGCUUGGAGACUUUGCCUUCAACGUGGAGUUUCCAUCAUCGCAGUUGUUGAAGCCUAUCUCUAAGCUUUCCAAUCUGACCUUCUUAACCAUAAGACCUCCGAUAAUUGAUACCCGGUUUGAAGAAGAUUUUGUGGUCAGGUUGAUAAAAGGGAUGGUACAUCUAGUCCACUUUGAAUGCAACGGCAUCGAUGCAACCAUUCCAGAGUUCAAGUCUCACGAAUGUUCGAAGGGAGUUAAUGUAUCACCACUGGCCCUCCAUCUAUCUUCUCUGUCUUCCCUCAAGACCAUCAAUUUCACUUUCGUGCAUUGCUUUGAUGGGAGCUGGAGUCAAAUAAAGUGGAAGGCGGCAAUGUGUCACAUUACGAUUGAUAAUUCCAGCAGAGCAACCAUUCGGACCCUUCAUUCGUUUUGUAUGCUAUUCAAAGACAGCCUGAAGAGCCUCUGCGUUUCCAGUAUACCCGCCCUCAGGAAAGAACAAGAAGAAGGACCCUCAGAUACCUCAGGCUCGCAGCAUCUCGAACUUCGAUAUCAUUUCUGCUUGCCACGGUCAAUCUUCUUGGGAAACAACGCGCACAUUUCGAUUCAACAGCUCAAACGAUUGAUGGACCAUCGUGAACCUAUUUGGCCUAAUUUGAAAUACUUGACGGUCGAAACGCACGGUCGAAUACUCAGUGACGAUGAAAUCGAAAGGUUGAAAGUCUUUGGUUCAAAAAGCGGGGUGAAAGUGAUCUGCGAUAACCUGACAGAUACUCUUGAUGGAAGUGAAGAAGAGUCCGAUGGGCAAAUGGAACAACGAGGUCCAAUAUACAUUAGAGACAAUGUAGGAAGCUACACUUGGUAG